CUGUACCUGUCCCCAUUCAUGGCCUUUCCAGUCCACAGAAAUGGAAACCUCUCACUGGUGCCCUUGUGGGAGUUUGUGCUGGUGGGAUUUGGGGGCAGUGCAGAGACUCAGGCCCUGCUCUUUGCUGUCUUCCUGGCCCUGUAUGUGGUGACCAUCCUGGGAAACCUGACCAUGAUCGUGGUCAUCACCCUGGAUGCCCGCCUGCACUCCCCCAUGUACUUCUUCCUCAAGAACCUGUCCUUCCUUGACCUCUGCUACUCCUCUGCCAUAGCCCCCAAAGCCCUGGCCAUCUUCCUCUCCUCCAAAGUCAUCAGUUUUGAGGCCUGUGCCACACAGCUCUUCUUCUUCUCUCUGCUGGUCACCACCGAGGGCUUCCUCUUGGCUGUGAUGGCCUAUGACCGCUUCCUGGCCAUCUGCAGUCCCUUGAGGUACCCUGUGACCAUGUGCCCCAUUGCCCGUGCCCGCCUGGUUCUGGGCACCUACUGUGGAGGCUGCCUGAACUCCAUCGUGCAGACCAGCCUCACAUUCCGGCUGCCCUUCUGCAGGUCCAACCGCAUUGACCACUUCUUCUGUGACGUGCCCCCCCUGCUCCGGCUUGCCUGUGCCAACACAGCCCUCAAUGAGCUUGUCAUGUUUGGCAUCUGUGGGCUCAUAAUUGUGUGUACCAGUCUUGUGGUCCUCAUCUCCUAUGGCUACAUCACCGUGACCAUCCUCAGGAUGCACUCGGGAUCUGGGCGGCACAAGGUCUUCUCCACCUGUGGCUCCCACAUGACAGCUGUGUCCUUGUUUUAUGGAACUGUGUUUGUCAUGUAUGCGCAACCAGGAGCUGUGGAGUCUAUGGAGCAGGGCAAGGUGGUCUCUGUCUUCUACACCCUGGUCAUCCCCAUGCUCAACCCCCUCAUCUACAGUCUGCGGAACAAGGAUGUGAAGGAUGCCUUGAGGAGGCUGGGACACAGACACAGCCUUGUGAAGGACGGUUGCAGAUGA